CUUUGGGGGGGGGGGGGUGCAUGUUACCCGCCAGUCAUCAGUCUCUGUCUGACUUGUGGAUAUCGGUUCAUUACAAUUGCCGAGCAUUUCAGAAUGGAAUGGUCGACUCCAGCUGUAACCUAAACUGCCGCCCAUUUUUGGUUGAUAGGGACAGGAUGGGCCGAAUAGCUUCUUAGAGCGCCAUAAAUUUCCGCGGUUCUGCUGUGUGUUAUCUUCAGCCGGGGCGAAGCUGACUUGAUUUUUUAGGGCUCAGCUGGGAGACGAAGUGGGGAGUUGUCUUCCUGCAUUCUGGGUCAGGCCGUCAUGAGAAGGGAGAGUGUCUGAAAGCGCAGUACUGGAGAUUCUCCACUUGAUCCAGUGAUCUGGGGAGGGGUGGAGAGAUGUGGAUUAACCCAGGGACCAAGCGGAAUUGGGCGGGGUGGGUCCCCUCCCCUGAACAAUGUGUCCCUGCCCCCACCUCCCGACCUGUCAGUGAUCUGCUAAGGAAAUUCCAUGUUUGAUCCGCCCCUGGCGAAAGGACUGAAGUCAUGUACGCCGCUGCGCUCAGGGUGUCCCGUGGCGCCGCGAAGCCACAGGAAAUUCCCGGCGCUGUCAUUUACUGAGCGGCUGUUAAUUUUGUGUUGUGUAAAGUUGGCGGGUCUGGGGCGGGGGCGGGCCGGUAUUUACAGCCCAGGGAUGUCAUUGGUGAGGAGAGUUGUGACUAAUGCCAAGUCAGCCAAUGCUGGGUCUCGCUGGGCAUAGGGAUCGGUCCCGGGCACAGCCAACCGCACGGAACCAGAGAGACAUCGGUAGAAACAAAAGCUUCUCCAUCAAAGCAGUGCGGAGCCUGCAACUUCCAGGCAGGAAUGCCUUGUCCCCACCGCGAGUGCCGGAAGCAAAUGUGAGGGAGCAACAGCCGGCCAGGCCGGGACCGUGAGUGUAAAACCUCCCUCAGCUUUGAUCCACGGAAGAAGGAGUUAUUCCCUGUGAGGGUAGACCAAGUGGAGGUGCUCGGGGCUACGGGUUCACAGCUCUCGAUGGCCCCAAGUCCCCUCUGAGCACACGGCAGCCUGGCGGCAUUUUAAACCGGUUUCAUUCCCACCCGCGCCGUUCAACGGACUCUGGAAAUGAGGCAGUUCAGUCGCUGCUGGUGGAUUUUGGCCAAUCUCGUGGGCUACUGUUGCCUCUCUCGGUGCCAACAAAGACAGGGUUACCUGGUAACAGCUCCUUCAGUUCUCAGGGCAGGGGUUGAUGCAGUCAUCAGCUUUACAAUAUUCAAGCCACUAUCAGAAACCAAAGUCCAUGUCCAGCUGGUGGUGAAAGGAGAGACUGUGGCUCAUAGUCAGGGCUCUGUCUUUGAAAAGGGAACAGUCACAUUAAAGGUGCCGCAAGGAUUCAGUGGACAGGCUCAGUUAAAAGUGUGGGGCAAUCGAUAUCUCACCGAUGAUGGACACAUAUUCCACAACUUUACAACCGUCACUAUCGACUCUAAAGGAUCAUCGGUGUUUAUCCAGACAGACAAACCCGUCUAUAAACCGAAGCAGAGAGUGCUGAUUAAUGUGUUCACUGUCACCCCUGACCUCCGACCCACCAAUCAGAAGGUUGAAGCCUAUAUCGUGGAUCCCCGGGGCUCUCGGAUGAUCCAGUGGACUGACCUAAAGCCAAUCUGCUGUGGGGUUGUAAAUAUGAGCUUCCCGCUUUCGGAUCAGCCAGUGAUUGGAGAGUGGUUAAUCUUCGUGGAGCUUCAAGGAUACACUUACAACAAAACGUUUGAAGUGCAGAAAUACGUGUUACCAAAGUUUGAGCUCACUAUUGAUCCUCCCAAGUACAUCCAGGACCUGAACAAGUGCGAGGAGGGAACAGUCCAUGCCAGGUACACGUUUGGUAAACCGGUGCUGGGGAGACUGACGGUGAACAUGACGGUGAAUGGAGUGGGUUAUUACAGGCACGAACUGGGACACCCUGUGGUGAAGAUCAUGGAGAUUGACGGCUCGGCCUCCUUCCCCAUCUGCGUCAAGGAAAUGAUGCCCGUGGAUGUCCCGGAACAUUUCCGAGGCUCGCUCAACAUCUGGGCCUCGGUGCUGAGUGGCGACGGCAGCACACAGAUCACCUUUGACGAUUCGACCCCGGUUCACAAGCAGCUCAUCGACAUCAAGUAUUCCAAGGACACUCGCAAGCAGUUCAAACCAGGCCUUCCUUACAAAGGAAAGGUGGAGGUGACGUACCCCGAUGGAAGUCCUGCAAAUGGCAUCACUGUGCGGAUCAAAGCUGAGCUCACUCCAAAGGACAAUGUCUACACGAGUGAACUGGUGUCUGAGGACAGCAAAGUGGAGUUUGAGAUUCCAUCUAUCCCCACUGCUGCCCAGUAUGUCUGGCUGGAGACUAAGGUGACAGCCAUCAAUGGAACGCCAGCUGGUGAGCAGUACCUGCCUAGCUACCUGUCCAUUAGCAGCUGGUAUUCACCAAGCAAGUGCCAUAUUCAGAUGCAGGGACCAGAGCGGGUGCUGCAGGUGGGCGAGGAGGCCUGGAUUCCAGUGAAAUCCACCUGUCCUUGUGACUUUGCAUUACACUUUGAGAUCGCCUCACGGGGCAACAUCGUGCGAACCGGGCUACAGCCGGCCAGCAUCACCCGGCUGCGCAGUAGGAGGGCCACUGUCAUCUUUGACAAGAAAAAGCAGUCAUCACAGACCCCACAGAACCAGCGGGCCAUGUCUCCAGCCGGUGAAGUUGGUGUGUGCACAACCUACCUCCACUUCAGGGUCACGCAUGACAUGAGCCCACUCAGUCGUCUGCUCCUGUACUACGUGCGAGAAAAUGGCGAGGGCAUCACCGACAGCAUCCAGAUUCCAGUACAGCCAUCCUAUGAAAACAAGGUAUCGAUUUCACUCUCCUCCAACAAAACGAUGCCUGGUGACCCCAUCAGUGUGACGGUGAAGGGCAAGGCACAGUCGUGCGUUUGCAUUGCAUCUGUGGAUAAGAGUGUGUACCUGCUGAAACCUGGCUUCCAGCUCACAACUGACAAGAUCUUUCAGGAACUGGCUGAUUACGAUGUCUCUGAUGCUUUUGGAAUUCCGAAGGAGGACGGUCACUUUUGGUGGCCGGGGCUGUCUUCACGAAGACGGAGAUCAUCCGUGUUCCCUUGGCACUGGGAUAUCACCAAGGAUGCUCACUUCGCCUUCAGCGAGACAGGCCUGGUGGUCAUGACAGACGUGGUGAGUCUGAACCACAGACAGAAUGGGGGGAUGUACACUGACGAGGCCAUGCCAGGCUUCCAGCCUCACACUGGCACCCUGGUGGCAGCCCUACAACCAAGGAUCAGCCCUAGAGCUGAGAAGAGGAAAAGGACGUUUUUUCCAGAAACCUGGAUCUGGCAUUGUCUCAACAUCAGUGAUUCUGCAGGCGAGGCUCGGUUACGUGUGGAGGUUCCGGACUCGAUCACCACGUGGGUAACCGAAGCAGUCAGCCUGUCGUGGGAGAGCGGUCUCGGACUUGCACAGCCCACUGAGCUCCACACGUUCAAAGCUUUCUUUGUGGACUUCACCCUGCCCAGCUUCGUGAUCCGCGGCGAGCAAACCAAGAUCCCGCUCAUGGUCCACAACUAUCUGCCGACUUGUGCUGAGGUUCAUGUUAAAGUUACAGUUCCAAAAGGAAUUAAAUUUAUUGGGCACCCAGGAAAGAGACACCUGACUCGAAAGAUGUGCAUCAGCUCGGAUGAAGCCAAGCCCACGUCCAUCGUCCUCUUGUUCAGUGAGCUGGGUCCUGCAAACAUCACAGCCAAAGGCUUUGCUUACAGUGGGAGCAGCUGCUGCCAGGGUGGGCUCCAGACACUGAAGAAUGGCAAGUACCUGGAUGAAAGUUACCUGGACAGGAGGAACCCGGCUGGCAUAGACUAUGUGAAGAGACGUGUCCUGGUGGAGCCUGAAGGACUGCCCAGGGAGUACACCUACAGCAUCUUCUUCUGCCCUAACGAAAAGAUUCACAUCUCCACCCCCAACAAGUACGAGUACCAGUACAUCCAGAAACCGGCCUGGAUGACACACUUUGACGUGGCUGUAAAAGCGCACAAUGAUGCCCACUUUGCCUUAUCGACGGGUCCUCGUGACACAGCGGAAAUGGUAGAGAUUGUGAUUGGAGGGCAGCAGAACACGAGGACGUGGAUCACAGUGAGCAAGAUGGGUGAGCCGGUGGUCAGCGCCAGCACACCUCACAUCCUGUCCUGGGAUGAGUUCCGAAACUUCUGGAUCCGUUGGAAGGCUGGCAUAGUCCAGGUGGGCCAUGGCGCGGUGCCCAGCAAUGAGUCGCUGAUUGUUGAGUGGGCACUGACCAAAGUUCCAGACGUCAAAUACAUUGGCUUCUCAACGGGCUGGGGCUCGGUGGGCGAGUUCAAAAUCUGGAGGAAAGAGGAAUCGGAGGAGAACCACAAUGAGGCCUUUACUCUUGGUGUGCCGCACAACGUGGUCCCUGGAUCCGAGAGAGCCACGGCUUCCAUGAUAGGUGAUGUGAUGGGACCCACCCUUAAUAAUCUGGACAACCUUCUGCGUCUUCCAUUUGGCUGUGGAGAACAGAACAUGAUCCAUUUUGCCCCGAAUGUCUUUGUGCUGAGAUACCUACAGAAGACCAAGCAGCUGUUCGCCGAGGUGGAGACCGAGGCCACCGACUACCUACUGCAAGGAUAUCAGCGUCAGCUGACGUACAAACGGGAGGAUGGAUCAUACAGCGCAUUCGGUGAGAGGGAUUCUUCUGGGAGUAUGUGGCUGACGGCGUUUGUACUGAAAUCCUUCGCACAGUCCCGUGGGUUUAUUUACAUUGACCUGAAGGAACUCGCCACGGCCAAGGAAUGGAUUAUACAGCAUCAGCAGGAAGAUGGCUCAUUCCCUGCGGUUGGGCGCAUUCUGAACAAGGACAUCCAGGGUGGAGUCCAUGGGAAGAUCUCAUUGACUGCCUAUGUUGUUACUGCACUUCUGGAGACUGGCAUCGCCUCUGAGGAGGAAAAAGCUGCAGUUGGAAAGGCUAAACAUUUCCUGGAAGCAAACAUGUACUCAGCAGAUGAUCCAUACACCACAGCCCUCUCUGCCUAUGCACUGACCCUGCUCCGGAGCAAGCACGCGCCAGCCGCACUGAGAAAACUCAACAACAUGGCAAUUAUGCAAGAUGGUUUCACACACUGGAGUCUGAUGGGCACCACAGUCACGGAUGAGGAUACAUUUAUGGGUUUCAAUGAUGGCCUCUCGCAGUCAGUCGUGUCAGCAGAGGUGGAGAUGACAGCCUAUGCCCUCCUCACCUACACCUCCCUUGGGGACGUGGCAUCAGCCCUUCCCGUCGUGAAAUGGCUCUCACAGCAACGCAAUGCACUGGGAGGAUUCUCGUCCACACAGGAUACCUGUGUAGCCCUGCAGGCACUGUCGGAGUAUGCCAUCCUCUCCUAUGUUGGAGGGGUCAAUCUCACUAUCUCACUUGCAUCAACGAAUCUGGACUUCCAGGAAUCCUUUGAGCUCAACAGGGACAACAAGAAGAUUCUGCAGACAGCGGCGAUUCCAAGUGUUCCGACUGGUCUCUUUGUUAGUGCCAAGGGAGAAGGCUGCUGUUUGAUGCAGAUUGACGUGAGCUACAACGUGCCAGAUCCGGUGGCCAAACCAGCCUUCCAGCUGUCGGUGAAUCUGAAGGAACCAAGCCGCGAGCGGCACCGGCACCUCGCCAGGCCCGCCUCCAGGAGCGACAACCGGUCAAAGAGGUCACGCCAGGAGCGGGCACUGCACCACGAUGAUGACCCGGCUUCUGACCAGGAUCAUCAGGAGUACAAACUCACUGUGGAGGCCUGUGCCAGGUGGUUACAUUCUGGCUCUUCGAAUAUGGCAGUCCUGGAGGUCCCUCUCCUGUCAGGCUUCCGAGCAGAUGUGGAGAGUCUCGAACAGCUGCUCCUGGGCAAACAGAUUGAACUCAAACGAUACGAAAUGGAUGGAAGAAAAAUUCUGUUUUAUUUUGAUGAGAUUCCCAGCCAGUGCAUGACCUGUGUCAAGUUCUACGCGUACCGGGAGUACAUCAUUGGCAAAACUGCUCCAGUCCCAGUCAAGGUGUAUGACUACUACGAACCUGCUUUCGAAGCAACAAGGUUCUACAACGUAAGUGAGACCAGCCCUUUGGCCCGCGAGCUGUGCGAUGGGACUACAUGCAAUGAGGUCGAGAGCUCAGCCAAUCAGUGGGUCGGGUUUGUCCAGCCUGCCACCUGCAAGAACGUGUACGACUGCCUGGAGGAAGAACGCUACGAGCUGUGCGCCUGUUACCGUGACUGUGGCUUUGACGGGAUGCCAGUGUGCGGCUCCGAUGGAGUCCUGUACCAGAACCAGUGUCAAAUGGAGGUGGCUGCCUGCCGCAACAACACGCGAAUCGACCAAGUCCCCCUGUCACACUGCCCUUCCGCAGGAGCAGCCCCUGAAGAGAGAGAGCCUGUGACAUCGCCCAUAGACCCAGAGAUGACAGAGCGGAACCAGUCAGGUGAUGUCACGGUGGCCCAGUCAGAACUUUCCUAUUACUCCUAUGGAACGAGCUACGAGUAUGACCCGGAGCUGUUUGAGAGCGACGUGGACGAUGCUUUUCAGAUGAACGAAGAUCAGGUGGAGAGACUGAGCCAGGGAGCCAAAGGAGAACAGAAGAGGGCAUCAGGGAAAAAAUGAACGAAUAUGGAUUCUCAGCCGUGGGAAGAGGAUGAAUCAAAGAACAUGGAUGUUCUAACCUGUACAUGUGUGUUUAUAUGUUACAAGGACCAAGCACUGUUGCUGAAGACAGCACUAUAUAUCCACGCCCAACUAAUACAUAGACUAGGCAUAUCUAUCCUUUAGUAAUGUGUUGUAACCACACAGGCACGUUAGAGGAAGCUGGUAUUUAUAUUUUGUAAUUAUGUGUUCUGAUCUUCACCUCUCUGAUAUUUAUAAUUGUGAUUUUAGUUAAAGAUUCUUUCAUGGCUCUCCCUUCCAGAGCUGGGUCAAAGGUUACUGGUCAACUUCCUAGCUUUCAUUAUUUAAAUUUUUUUAAUUUACGAUUUUUCUCCUCCUUCCUGAACCCUUAAACAGGGCAGUUAAACAUGCUGAGAGUAGAGAAGAAGGGAUUGACAGGAAAUCCCCUUUUCCUCAUCCCUUCAUCUUGCCUUCUGCCUCCUCCCCAUCUCUUUUACCCCUGCAUCCAUUCAGGAGUAAUGUCCAAGCCGAAAGAGAUUGGUCACUGAUUUUUCCUCAUGGGUUCUCUAAUUUACAGCCACCCUGAAAUUUAACCCAUCCUGCAAUGUAUAAAAGUUGUUCUACCCCUGAAUCUCCAGCUCCCCCAUUGCACCUCACUCCCCAAGUGGUGGCUCUGUCCCUUGCCACUGCUCUGGAUACUGUGGCCUACCUCAGAAGGGGACUGUGAGGUGAUGCACUGUGGUGUCACUGGCUACCUGCAGGGGUUAAGAGGACUGGUAACCAGUGGACAAGACGUGGCCAGGUGAGGUGCAGGUGAUAAGUCAGACCUUCCAAAAAUAAAAGUGACAAUCUCUUAAAAUUGUUUAUCCUGACUCUUAAUUUGUGGUUUCUAUCACAUCAUCUUGAAUCUGCCUCGGGAGCAGAAAACACAUUUUCUCGGGAGCACUUGUAGAUUGGAAGAUUCCAUUCACCCUGAGGAACUCGCAAUAUGAGAUUAGAAUGUUGUUCCUUUUUGCGCCAUGUUGCGCAUCCGGUGGUAUUUUUUGCCGUUUCCAUAGCAUUUGUCUGGUUUUUUUUUACAAGGCUGAGUUGCUAGCUCGCCGCUCAAUCCAGCACGAACGGAAAGCGUGCAAAGGAGCCAGCCGGAUUCGAAUCCAGGAUCAUUGGCCGCAAAGUCCAGUGCUGUUGGAGAUUAGAUUAGAUCGCAGCUGAUCUCCAUUUUGACUCCAGCUUUACCCAAGCAUUUCAUUUCCUGAGCUCAACGAUACACCAUGAUGUGAUACAGUGCAGGAGGAGGCCACGAUCCUCGUUCUUGGGCCAUCUCUUUGAAAUGCUUUCCUGCUCUUCUUCCACAACCCGGCAGACUUUUUCCAUAUUAGUAUCGAUCCAAUUUCAUUUUGAAGGCUCCUCUUGAAUCUGUUUUUACCUUCCUCUCAGGCAUCAGGUUGCUUAUUACAACUUGCCAUUAGAUCACAACUUCUCCCAGUUAUUUAUUUUCCACGUUAAAAUUGUCUCUCUGGUUUAUUUACUCUGUUGAAACAUGCAGCAUAAGAAAUAAAAAGGACAAUCUUGAAAUUCUGCUACAGAUUGGCAAGUAUGACGUUGUGGCCAUCUCUGAACUUGGCUAAAGGAUGGUUUCCAUUGGGAGCUGAACAUCCAAGGAUAUAUGGUGUAUUGGAAAGAUGGAUUGGUAGGCAGAGGGGUUGGUGUGGUUCUGUGUAUAAGAAACAAUAUUAAAUCAUUGGAAAGAGGUGACAUAGGAUCAGGUGUAGAGUCUCUAUGGGUUGAGUUAUGAAAUGGCAAGGGUAAAAGAACCCUACUGGCAGUUGUAUACAGGCCUCCAAACAGCAGUUGGGAUGUUGAUUACAAGUUACAGCAGGAGAUAGAAAAGGCGUGUCAGAAGGGCAACAUCAUGAUAAUCGUCGGGGAUUUUAACAUGAAAGUGGAUUGGGAAAACCAGGCCUGUACUGGACCUCGAGAAAGAACUUGUAGAAUGUCUAAGGGAUGGCUUUUUAGAACAGCUUGUUGUUGAGCCCACUAGGGGAUUGGCUGUGCUGGAUUGGGUGUUCUGCAAGAAGGGAUAAGAGAGCUUAAGGUUAAGGAAUAGUGAUCACAAUAUGAUCAAAUUCACUUUGAAAUUUGAGAAGGAGGAACUAAAUUCCAAUGUGUCGGUAUUUCAGUGGAAUAAAAGAAAUUACAAUGGCAUGAAAGGGGAACUGGCCAACAUUGACUGGAAAGGGACAUUUGCAGGAAGGACAGCAAAACAGCAAUGUUUGAAGUUUCUGCAAAAAAUGAGGGAAGUGCAAGACAGAUAUAUUCCAAAUAAGAAAUUUUCCAAUGGAAGAAGAAUACUACCGUGGCUGACAAGUGAAGUCAGAGCCAAAGUAAAAGCAAAAGUGAGAGCAUACAAGGAAGCCAGAGCUAGUGUGAAGAUGGAGGAUUGGGAAGCUUUUAAAAACUUGCAUAAGGAAACUAAGAAGGUCAUUAGAAAGGAAAAGAUGAAUUAUGAAAGGAAGCUGGUGACUAAUAUCAAAGAAGAUACUAAAAGCUUUUUUAAGUAUAUAAAAGGGUAAAGGAGAGUUGAGGGUAGAUAUAGGACCAAUAGAAAAUGACACUGGAGAUAUUGUAAUGAGAGAUGGCAGAGGAACUGAAUGUGUAUUUUGCAUCUGUCUUCACAGUGGAAGAUGUCUGCAGUAUACCAGACAUUCAAGAGUGUCAGGGAAGUGAAGUAUGUGCAGUGAAAAUUAUGACUGAGAAGGUGCUCAGUAAGUUUAAUGGUCUGAGGGUGGAUAAAUCUCCUGUGCCUGAAGGAAUGCACCCUUGGGUUCUGAAGGAAGUAGCUAGAGAGAUUGCAGAGGCAUUAACAAUGAUCUUUCAAGAAUUGGUAGAUCUUGGCAUGACUGGAAAAUUCCAAACGUUACUCCGCUAUUUAAGAAGGGUGGGAGGCAGCAGAAAGGAAGCUAUAGACCUGUUUGCCUGACAUCAGUGGUUGUGAAGUUGUUGGAAUCGAUUGUUAGGGAUGAGAUUACGGAGUACCAGGAGGCACAUGACAAGAUAGGCCAAAGCCAGCAUGGUUUUCUGAAAGUAAAAUCCUGCCUGACUAACCUACUGUAAUUAUUUGAGGAAAUUGCAAGCAGGGUCGACAAAGGAGAUGCAGUAGACAUGGUGUACUUGGAUUUUCAGAAGGCUUUUGACAAGGUGCCGCUCAUGAGGCUGCUUAGCAAGAUAAGAGCCCAUGGAAUUACAGGGAAGUUACUAGCGUGGGUGGAGCAUUGGCUGGUUGGCAGAAAACAGAGAGUGGGAAUAUGGGAAUAUUGUGUAGGUGUGGCUGAUCUAACAAUAUGAGAGCUACAGGUGAUCCACAGGACCACUGUGAAAAAUCAAAACUUCAGCGACCGCAGGCUUCCGGUCAAGGUGCCACUGUGCUGCAGUCUCUGUUCAGGUUGUGGCUCAGACCUAGCUGUAUGGUUCUGGGGACAAAGGGGAGUCAGGGGUCAGAUUGGGGUUAAGGAUAGGGAUGUGGAGAGUUGAAGGUCAGGCUGGACUCUCGACCUCCACUAUGUGUUGUGCAUUCAACGUCCAGUGAGGUGCAUGGGUGAUGAAGAACAUCCAUGACUGUUGAGUGGGCCCAGGGUUCAGAGGUUCACGCCUGGCAUGACCCAGCAUUCAGGGUACCAACAUUGAUACGUCCAGGAGUUGAUACCCAAAGGCUGAAGUAUGGAGGCAUUUCCUUGCGUGUGGGUAGAUAGGAGGGAGGAAAGGGGCUUGCUCAGUUGCUUGUUGUGUUCUGUGUUUUACUGAGCAUCGCGCGCAUGCUAUAUUGGCACCAGAAUGUGUCCCCAGCACAUCCUCGGGUGAGUUGGCUAUUAGCACAAAUAACAAAUUUCACUGAUUUGAUGUACAUGUGAUAAAUAAUCUAAAUCUGAAUCUAAUUUUGUUUUGCUGUAUAUAUAACCCUCUCCAACUCUGUCUCCAAUCCAAUGGUCCCCUCAGAAAUGCCUCAAUUAGUCUCACAUUCUGCCCACCAAAAUGAAUUAUUCAUUUUUCUGUGCAUUGAAUUUUUAUCCACCAAGUGUUUUCCCAUUCCACUGUCCUGUUCUCCUGAACCCUAUUUGCAUACUUCCAGAUGUUUACAACAUUUCAAACUUUUGCAUCACUUGCAAACUUUGAAAUCUGUUUCCCACAUCCUGGUUAUCAUGGGCACCAAAGGGACCAGUGAUCCCUGUACCAACUGCUGUAGAACGCUGAUAUAUAACUUCACCUCAUCCUCACGCAGCUCAUCUCCCUCUUAACUAACUCUCCUAGCACAUAUUCCACUGCCCUUAAAGAAUAUGGCACAUCAUUCCAAUUGCAGACAGAGUUUAUGCUUUGUCAGCGCAACAUCAGUUAUUCUUUUCAUAUCCCAGAACCCUGUGUAUAUGGGAUGAACCCAGGAAUGUUUCUGUCCCUGGCUUGAUUGAAUCCUUGUGGGGAAAUCUAGACUGGGCUGAUGUACUCACCUCCUAACCUACUAUUAGAGUAACAGGGAUACUCCCUCUGUCGGCUGAUUAGUCAAACGGUAUCUUGCCAGCACAAGGGACAAAAGCUGACAGUCACCAAACUGCCGGCAUGAGGGAGGCCUGGAAUAGACGCACUAACAGAGGCAUCUCAGAAAACCUGUCCAAGAGGACAAUGAUUUGCAGUGGCCCGUUAGUUUGCACAAUCACAGAAUCAGCUCCACAUGAUCCCAGGAUUCCCAUCCACUUCCCAUGAUGCAGGCAGUCUCCGAGGUACAAGUUCCUUCGUCUCCCCCAGGAUGCUGACCUGGGCUGCUGAAUUAAAGAGCCUGAGGUAUUGGAGGAAGUGUGUUGACACAGACUGAAAACUAGCUGUCAUAUAGAAAACAGUUGGAAUAAAUGGAUCUUUUUCAUGCCAAUGGGUAUAAUUACCAGAGUGCCCAGGGAACUGCUCUUGGUCUUCAGCUAUUUAUGACCUGCAGGAGAGAAUGAAAUGUAAGGUUUCCUGAUGAUAUGAAAAUCAGUGGAAGGGCCUGUUGUGGGGAGGAUAUUGUCGUUCUGCAACAGGAUACGGGUAGACUGAGUGACUGACCACAACGGCAAUGGAGUUUUAUGUGGGGACGUGUGAGGCUGGGCACUCGCAGAGGAUUCACAAGGUGUACAAGAGACUGAAGUACAGAGGGAUCUCGGUGUCCCCAACCACCGGGCCGCGGAUGUAUCACAAACAGGUCCAACAGUGGAGAAGGCAAAUACAUUUGCCUUCGUUGUGAGGGGUUGGGGUUUAAGAAUAGAGAGGUUUUGUUACAGUUGGUAUUCACCUGGAAUAAUGUACAUAAGUUUUGUUCCCCUCACAUAAGAAAGGGAUAUAGUAAAGUUGGAAGCAAUGCAAAAAAGUAUAGCAUGGUAGUGUAGUGGUUAGCGUAACAUUAUUACAUCACCAGCUACAAGACUGAGUUUACUUGCUGCUGCUGUCUAUAAGGAGUUUGUACGUUCCCUUUAACUGCAUGGGUUUCCACACUGUUAGGGUUAGUGAGUUGUGGGCAUGCUGUACUGAUGAUGCCUGCAGACUUUUUGCUCUGUUUUGAAUUGAGAUGCAAACUGUGCACUUUGAUGUAUAUGUGAAAAAGUGAAACUUCUUCAAAGGAAAUUCAGCAGUUUAAUUCCUGGGUUGAGAGAGUUGUCCUACCACAGAGGCCGAACGUUUAGGCUCUGUGUUUUGUGUUCUCAUUUGAGGGAUGACCUUAACCAAAAAUAUAAAGUCCUAAGGGAGUCUGAUAAGGUAGAUGAUGUUUUCAGUCAUGAGAAUCUCAGAGUCAGAAUUAGGUUUAUUAUCACCGGCAUGUGUCAUGAAAUUUGUUAACUUAGCAGCAGCAGUUCAAUGCAAUACAUAAUAUAGAAGAAAAAGUCAAUUACAGUAUACAUAUAUUGAGUAGAUUAAAAAUUGUGCAAAAAACAGAAAUAAUAUAUAUUUUUAAAAAUGAGGUGGUGUCCAAAGAUUCAACGUCCAUUUAGGAAUCAGAUGGCAGAGGGGAAGAAGCUGUUCCUGAAUCGCUGAGUGUGUGCCUUCCUCCUACCUGAUGGUAACAGUGAGAAAAGGGCAUGCCCUGGGUGCUGGAGGUCCUUAAUAAUGGACGGUACCUUUCUGAGACACCGCUCUCUGAAGACGUCCUGGGUAUUUUGUAGGCUUGUACCCAAGACGAAGCUGACUAAAUUUACAACCCUCUGAAGCUUCUUUCAGUCCUGUACAGUAACACCACCCACCAGACAGUGAUGCAGCCUGUCAGAAUGCUCUCCACGGUACAUCCAUAGAAGUUUCAAAUAAGUAAUAAUAUAAAAUAGAGUUCUUUGAGGAUAUAACAACACAGUGGAUAGAGGGGAACAGAUGGAUGUUAUUUACUUGGAUUUCCAGAAGGCAUUCAAUAAGGUGCCACAUAAAAGACUUAUCCGUAAGAUAAGGAUGCCAAGAGUUGGAGGUGAUGUAUUAGCAUGGAUAGAGGAUUGAUUAGAGGGUAAAACGAAUGCAGCAAAAUACAGGGAAAUCCUGGAGGAAAACCUGAUGCAGUCUGCAACAGAAUUGCGACUUGGGAGAAGAAUUGUUUUCCAGCAAGACAAUAACCCCAAGCAGGAAGCCAAAGCUGACACUGGAAUGGCUUGAAAACACCAAAUUAAUGUCCUGGAGUGGCUGUCAGUCCAGACCUCAGUCCAAUUUAAAAUGUGUGGCUGGACUUGGAAAUGACCUCUGGUUCACUUAUGAUCCCCGUGCAAUUUGACAGAGCUUGAGCAGUUUUGUAAAGGAGAAUGGGGGAUAGUUGCAUGUCCAGAUGUGCAAAUCUGAUAGAGACCUAUCCACACAGACUCAAGUCUGUAAUUGUUGCUAAAGGUGCAUCUAUUAAAUACUGACUUGAAGGGGGUGAAAACUUAUACAAUCAAUUAUUUUGUGUUUUAUAUUUGUAAUUAAUUUAGAUCACUUUGUAGAGAUCUGUUUUCACUUUGACACGAAGGAUUCUUUUUCUGUUGAUCAGUAUC